AUGCAGCAUGUCGAUAGUGAGGAUACUGUACAUCGCUCUUUUGGAGGCCGGAUGAAAAACGCAUUAGACAUCACAGGAGAGAACUUCGAGGAUCUACUGGCCUACGAUGAUCUCUUCCUGGAUUACUUCAACGCCUUUCUGGCUCUCAAUGUUUUCCCCAUCGCGACCACCUAUAACCGCCUGACAGGGUCAUUUGAGGAGGUAAACUACUCGGACAAUGAUGAUAAUCGGGGGUCAUCUGGAUCAUCAGAACGUACACUCCAGUAUGCUCCAACAGAUGAGGAACGAGACCAAUUACUGGCAUGGGCACGAGACGAAAGGCUGCCUCUCUUUCUUAGCACACAAUUGUUCCGUGAAUUCAAGCUCUGUAAACUGUUACUACGUGCACUAGAUGACAGAUACUCAGCGGGACGACACUCCAACAUGUUACGGGGGUACAGUCGACAAUCAGAAAGUUAUGUGUCCAGUUUUAGUAACAGUGCAGACAACAGUGCUCAUGAUGAAAUGGACGAUGAGGAUGAAGAGAUGACUUUCAUGGACUCUAGUAACCUGCGACAUUCAGCCUUAUACAGAUAUCAAUGCCCUGGCAGUAAAGCUCUGAGCGUGCCAACUCGAAUGUGUCUAGGUUCAGAAACAACACAGAGAGGGAGUACUGUAACAGCCACACAGGAAUCCUCACGAGUAGAGUCACAAAGUGCCAAGGUUAAAAAGAAAAAGGAGUUGACUUUUACAGGAGAUCCUGUACCAGGUCUAGCGCUGGACACUGACCGACCAUCCAAGUCCAGAGAGAACACAGUGGUCAAGUUUGAUGACAAACAGCCAAAUGAAGAAAAAAGUCGGAAAUCCUCCAGGCGGAGUCGCAAGAAUGUACCAGUAUCUGAUGUUGAAGAAACCUUCCUCAGACAUGCCAGGGCCCUCUCAGCUCCCGUCAACUAUGAGGAAUACAUGAGACACCCAAAGUUUGUAGACUUUGACUUCCUGUUCGGGGAAGCAGAGCCGGAUACUAAUGGGCAGGUGUAUGUCACAUUCGAGGACGAACAUGUUAGUGAGGAACAGACAGAGAAUGAUGUUAAAAACCUGGAAGGACGUCUCAAAAUGUCACUUCAACAGCUUAAGGAACAGGCCCUUGGCUCAUAUGGAGGUAUGGAGGCUUACAAGGAGUUCCUGAAGGGGACUGCUGGUGAUCAGCUCAUCAACUUCUGGCUGGACUGUGAAUAUUACAAGGAUACUGUGGAAAGUUUUGAUGAGAGAUCUAAAAAUGACAUCAGAAACAGACUAUUCAGGGAUAUACGGGACCGUUAUAAGAUGAAUCUGACGGAGGAUGCUCGGAACCAGAUCUCGAAAUCUGCCAGCAGUGCCAAUCUUAGCCACACGAUCUUCCUGCGUACCCAGUAUGAUGUAUUGCGGAGACUCCGGGCCUACUGGGUCCCUCGCUUCCUUAUACACCAGGAGCGACUGCGGGAAUUCAGUGACAUUGGUGCUGGAAUGGGAAUUACUAUGAUGACCAAAUAUGGUAAUGGAACAAGACAUGCUCUUCCUUUCUUUCCAUCCAUCUCACUGGUCAAUUCUAUGCCAGUCCGUCCAGAUGAUGUUCUUACUUAUUCUAAAACAAAGAACUGGGAGUUUAUAAGUCAAGGAGGUCGUUGCCUUGACAACAGAGUGACCUCUGCAAAAGUCAGACAGAUGCCUCCUGCAAGAAUUUUGUAUUCACGUUCAACAAGGAUUGCCAAAAAUCGGUUCAUGAUGGCUCUCAUGGGAGACAAAGUGGCUGGAGGGCCAUUUCAGCGAUUCCUAGAGAGACAAACUGACCAUCUGCUGCUGUCCAACCUGCUGUUCUGGCAAGAUGUAACAGAAUAUGGCCAAUCUGAAGAUCGUUCGGCUGACCGUCUGCUCCGCCUUUGUCACGCAUGGACCAUCUAUAACAAAUAUCUACUGCCUACUGCUGAAUACAGUAUCGGUCUGUCUGAGGCUGAGAGGGUUGAACUUCAUGCAACGUUACUCAAGGCAAAAGACUUUGUGGAAGCUUCUGUGUUCAACAUGGCAAAAUUUCAUUCAAUGGAACGUCUGGAGAGGGCAUGGAUGCGUUUUCUGCAGGAGGACCUCAAAACAUUCCUGGAUGCUCAUGUUCGACCAGGAGCCGAGAGUCCACCUUCUACAGCAGAUGUGAUCCAUAUCGCUGUCGCAGGUGAUGAACUACUGAUUACGCGCCCAAUGCCAUGGGUAAAAAGGGUCCCGACGACAGACUCUCAGAGGGCCCAACGCUUACGACAAGCACUGGGGCUAGGUGCUGACAUGAGCAGUGAGCAGAGGGCUGAGAUGCGGGCUAAAGCUCGGGAACGAAGAAAAGAAAUGGAACGAGAGAGGAAGAAAGCUAUAAGAGCUGCUUAUCGGAGAGUAAAAGAGGCGAAACAGAGGAAAGAUACUGAGAAAAAAGAAGAUGGAGAUGAUAUGGAAUAUGACAUUGACGAUGAGAAGAGGUCGGCGAAACCUCCACCCCCAUUUACUGAAAUGACACACAACAAACAAUUUAUGACAAACUUUAAGAAGCAUUUACAAGAAUCGGAGGACAAGGAAAAACUCAAUAUGGUUAGUCUUUAUCUGGACACAGACACCUACCUCAACCUCGGCUCUAGUAAGGCUGAUCAGAAGAAGAAGGAGACCCACGCUGGCUUCAUCUUCAAGACUUAUGUUGAUUCUCAUGGUAAGAAACAUCUUACCUUUCCUGACAAGUUGACCAAUAAGAUUGGAGAUAGACCAAAGACUGGCGCCAUUAAGGAAAUGCAAAGUACUGUGGUACCAAAGCUAGAGGAAGCCUUCAGCGCAUUCUUAGUGGAAAAAGCAUCAGAGAAUGGAAUGGACCCUAGAGACUUUGCCAAUCUUUCUCAGGCAGAGCUAGCUCUACGUUUGGGCACGGAGACAUCAAUGAGCUGGAAGAAAGGCCGCAAGGGAAAGGAUGAAUCGGCACGAACUACAUCACAGACCGAUCAAGGCCCUGCCGUCCGGCGGGGACGCAGAAAUAAAUUAAAUGUGAAGACUGGACGUGCACAACCAACCAAGGAUGACAGAGAGGAAUUUUUCAAGGCGCUCAAGUCCUCAGCUGCUGGUCACCUGACCUUAACCAUGCUCUACUUCUAUAAAUACUUACAGAAACACGGGGAGGAGGAAAACGCCCCUCUGCUGGACAAGGACCUUUUCUUCUAUAUAGAAGUUCAAAAGUUCAAGGACUGUAGUCAUGCAUACGCUGACGAGGAGUCCCUUAGGAAGAAAGUCCAGUCUAUAAUGGAGUGUUUCCUGGAUGCCAUCACAAGUCCAGCUCUUCAGAUUGACGUUACUGCUGCGACUCAGGACAAGGCGAUCCGUGCGGCUCAGAGGUACCUGGCAGGGAAGGAUGUGAUGGCUAGUAUAUUUGAUGAGCCACAGCUGAUGGUGUUCAAAGAGUUGUUGCCCUACUGGGCAGGUUUUAGACGAACAUUCCAACCUCCAGACGAUCCUUCCAAACGUCCAGUUACUAAACACCAAAAAAUGCUGAAAAAGAGACUGGAAGCAAUAGAAAACUAUGUGAUACCAUCUAAUGAGUUCCAUCUUCCAUCUAUCCCAGAGGGGUCUAUAGCUGCUUAUACCUUCUCACUCUCAGACGGAGUAAGGUGGAGGGAUGAAGGGCUGCUCACCAGUGCUAGUAGUUUCUCGGAGGUUACAACUGAGGAAGCACAGAGUAUAUUGGGAAGUCCCAUUGACCGCUCGGAGACGGCUACUACUCUGAGAGGCGGGAAGAGUGGAGUGGAUUCAAUACGAAAACGCAGGAAGUCACAAUCUCAUCUAAGUGUGCCCGGCACAAACGGAAGUGGUCGUAUCUCCCCUGGACAGUCAUUGUCUGUCAAAGACUGACAUGCGUUUAAUUUACUCAUGAAAAUUCACGGGAUUCAAGAGGAGGUGAAAGGUGCCGAGCCUCAAUUGGACAUCACAAUGAAGUAACAGCAUUGAAGCAUCAAUACCUCUUAUCAAUGUAGUUGACAGAAGGGAGAAACUCUCCACUUCAUCACAAAAAUCAAGAUGAUAAUUCUAUAAUUUGUUGAUUGAAUUAAUUGAAUUUUAUGUCGUCUCUCUGAGUAUGUGCAAUAGGUUGUUUGAUACUUAAUAAUUCUUAAUAACGAUUUGAACAUAACUUCUGAAAUUACCUGGUAAGAACUGGAGUCU